AUGUCAGGCAAGCAAAAUCUUGGAAGCUUCAAAAGUCUUGCACGCGGGAUCAUUGGUGUUAGCGCUUUCGCGCAAGAAUCAAAGUCGAGUAAAGUUUCCCCGACCGAACCAGUUAAGAGAAAACACCGUGUUAAGUCGAUUGGAGGACGUGAAGGUCUUGAAUGUAAUAUAACUCAGGCCUCCUCGUCUAAAUCUGAACGCGCGUUUUCAGAAUUAAUAAUAGGCUCUUUACCGACGCAAUUGCAAGAGUAUGCGAUAAUUGAAGAUUUAUUAUUUGUAAUGAUGGGUAUCGAGGGAAAAUAUAUUGAAGUUAAUAAAGCAGACGGUCUUACUGAAGAAAUACGGUACAUUGAAGGGAUCGACUAUGUUGUUGAUUCGACAUUAGAUCCAUCACUAAAGGACCUUGCCGAACGUAUUCUCCCGCUGGCGACUUACUAUACUGCAAUUGAAGCUUUUGUUGAGACAUAUUCCGAGAUGAAAUAUGGAUUUGUUAAUCAUGCUUUAUGUGGUGCAAUACGCGAAUUAUUGAAAGAAUACUUAAUCCUUAUAACACAAUUGGAACACCAAUUCCGCACCUCUUCUUCGUUCACAUUGCAAAAGUUCUGGUUUUAUGUUCAUCCAACUCUUCAUACGAUGUCCAAUAUUCACUCAUUGGUUAUGGAGAUACGCGAUAACUAUCAAGAUUCAGUAGAAGAUGACGAUAGUCAUAAUGGAUAUGACGAAUUAUUGAACUGUGACGGCUUCAGUAAAAAGAAUUCUAUUCCACAACAAGUUAAAGGAGGAGGAAUAUUGUCUAUUCUUUCGUUCCGGAUGAGUCAGUUGAGUGGUGACCCAGAUACCAAAAAACUCUACAUAUAUCUACUCUCAAGAGCAUCCAAACCAUACAUUUCAAUGAUGCACACUUGGAUCCAUCAUGGUGAGAUACGUGAUCCAUAUGAUGAAUUUAUGAUUCAAGAACGGAAGAACGUGAAGAAAGAGCAUCUGAAGGAAGACUUUAAUGACACAUACUGGGAGAUGCGAUAUACUAUACGGGAGAAUACAGUGCCCCCAUUUUUGGUACCGUUUCAGAAGAAAAUAUUAUUAGCAGGGAAAUAUUUGAACGUGAUUAGAGAGUGUGGAAUAGCUAUCGAAGAGCCAAGAAAGAAGACGAUUGAUGAAAGCGUUGCGGAAAGUAAGGCAGAUCGAACAGACGUUAAUGUGAAUAGUGAUGUGCUUUUGGCUAUGGAUGGUGGCAGGUUUGUUGAGAAUAUCGAGAUAGCAUAUAAACGGGCGAAUAGAACUUUACUAGACUUGCUUCUAAAAGAUCAGCAAUUACUUGCUCGACUGAGAUCAAUCAAACGCUAUUUCUUCCUUGACCAGUCUGACUUCUUUACACAUUUUCUCGACCUUGCCUGGUCUGAAUUGAAAAAGCCUUCCACCCAAGUCUCCAUCACCAAACUCCAAUCCCUUCUUGAUCUUGUAUUACGCAAUCCGUCAUCCGUUGCCUAUACAGAUCCCUUUAAGGAGGAUGUAAAAGUCGAGAUGAGUUCAGUUGGGUUGGUGGAACAACUGUUGAGAAUUAUCAACGUUGAGCCGACAGCAAUGACAAGGGGAGCUCGAAGCAUUACGGGAACUUUGGUUGGAGGACAUUCGACUGGUGGAGGAAAGCAGUUGACAGGCAUUGAAGCUUUGUCACUCGACUACGUUGUAACCUUUCCAUUAUCACUGGUUAUCUCCCGCAAAGCGCUUACGAAAUACCAACUUCUCUUCCGUCAUCUUCUCUACCUCAAAUACGUUGAGCAGCUACUUUGCAACAUCUGGACUGAACAUUUCAAGUCAUUUCAUUGGCGAGAGGAAUCUGGACAUCCUUCAAUAACCUCUUGGAAGAAUCGCAUGUACGCAUUGAGACAAAGAAUGCUGGUAUUUAUUCAGCAAUUUUCGUAUUACGUUACGAAUGAAGUACUAGAACGACAGUGGAGAAUAUUGCAGAGUAAUUUAGCUAAGUUGUCUACUGUUGAUCAGGUGCUAGAGUAUCAUACGGAUUUCCUCGAUACGUGUCUCAAAGAGUGUAUGCUUACGAAUGCGAAGCUAUUGAGGAUUUUUGCUAAGCUUACCCACACUUGUGUUUUGUUUGCGAACUAUACUGACAAAUUCAGAAAGUCUUUAAUGGCGCUUAAAUCACAAACAGACGGGAAUAAUAGUGGGGCCGUUUCUCUUGAACAGCAAGAGAAAACACUUCACAAGUUUGAAGAUAAUUUCUUGUACCAUAUCAAACUUUUGAUUGAAGCAUUGAACUUCUAUUCAGCCACUGAAACGGUUCAGUUCUUGUGCCUUGUGGUCAGAUUAGACUACAAUCUUUAUUACUACAACCAACCAAGUAAAAGAUAA